AGAGCCGUUUUCUUAAGACAAACAAAACACUAGCCAGCACCUCAGCAAGUUUCGUUAGGUAACAAGACUACCAAGUAUAUAUAGAAAGGUCUUGAAUUUAACCUUGCUAGUUCCACAGGAAACUCGAAGAAGGCGUUUUUGGUGAAUUGGAAGAUAUCAGAGUCAAACACAGUCACAGCAGCCAUGCAAUCAGUCAUCAUCCUCUGGUUUUGCUUGAUCACAGCUGCAGUUUGUCUGCCCCAGAACCCUAUGGGGUACAUGCCCAGGGCACCGGCGCCGGGACCUUGCCCCAAAGUGCCUGUCGUUAACAAUUUCAAUGCCCAUGCGUACCUGGGACGAUGGUACGAGAUCGAGAGGUUCUUCAACCCUUUCCAAAAUGGCGAUUGCGUGACUGCCGAUUACGAGCUUUUCAACAACGGAAGUAUUUCAGUGGCCAACAGCGACUUAGAAGAGGGAAAGCUGAAUACGAUAUUCGGAGUGGCUACACUUCUGCCUAAUUCAUCAGAGGGCAAAUUGAUCGUUGAAUUCCCAGGUAACUCAUUCGCACCGAGAGGAGUUCCCAACUACAAUGUUGUAGCUACGGACUACAAGAAUUAUGCUGUUGUAUAUUCAUGCGCUGCAUUUAACGGAAAUAAACUAGAAUUUUCCUGGAUCCUGGCUCGCAGACCAAUGAUUCCUUCCGGAUUCCUGAGGGACCUCAAGGAAUGGCUCCAGAAGGUGAACGUGGACGCGGCCAGAUAUGAACCUACCGUCCAGGAUCCAUCUUGUCCCAGGAGACAGAUUUAGAUUUUGAAGAUUCUUUUGGAGGGUUUUAGAGUCAACACCACUUCCAUUUGAUGAGCUCUACAAGAAAUGGGCAUUUUGGAAACGAUUAUACAAACAUAGUUAGUAAUGUUAAAAGGGAUUUUUUAUGGAAGUAUGGAGAGAGGCGUGGUCUACUAGGAAGAGUUUUUGUGUGAAUCUUCUUUUUAAAAAUUAAACUUAACCUUUUGAAUAUGUUAACACUUUUGAUUAACUUUAAUUGAGAGGUUUUUUCUUGUCUUUUUUAUAUAAAAGUAAUAGAAAAUA